AUGUUAGGAAUGUCCGAGACUACUAAUGAAGAUUCUGGAGGAGGGAGAUCAGUGGAGGAGAGUUCAAAUGGACAAAGAAGCCAAUCCGCAGAAGCACUCGCCGAGUGGCGAUCCUCUGAUCGAGUGGAGAACGGGACUCCUUCUACAUCGCCACCUUACUGGGACAUUGAUGAAGAGGAUGACUUUGGAUUAAAACCUUCUGAACUAUUUGGGAAAGAUACUUGGAAGAUUGAGAAAUUCUCAGAAAUCAACAAACGUGAGCUCCGAGGCGAUGUUUUCGAAGUUGGUGGCUACAAAUGGUUCCAUGUUACUCUCAUGGCAGGAUGGAGUCAUUUUGCUCAGUUUACUAUAGCUGUGAUAAAUAAAGAUCCAAAGAAAUCGAAGCAUUCAGAGCAAAUUUGUGGGAGAUUUGUGGAAGAGAGGAGAAGCAGGCUUCUUAAGUUGAUAGAGGACAAGGCAAAAUGGAAAAGGGCUGCUCUGGAGCCAUUGCCUAAGGGUCCUCAAAACCGUACGAAGGACGUGAAUGCUGGGGAAUUCAGGACAGAAGCCAUAGAGCGUGAUGAGAAGCGUUUAACUGAGUUAGGUAGACGAACUGUUGAGAUAUUUGCUCUUACACAUAUCUUCAGUACCUCAUGUAAUUUUUCUGAGAAAUGCAGCAACAAAAUUGAAGUUGCAUACCAAGAAGCUAUUGCAUGGAGAAGGCAAGAAGAACUUAUUCGCGAAGAAGAAGAAGAGGUACUGGCAGAAAACGAACAAAAGGCGAAAAGAAGAGCAGCCGAAAAAGAGAAAAAAUCUAAGAAGAAACAGGCUAAACAGAAAAAGAACAAAAAUAGAGGAAAGGAGAAAAGGAAAGAAGAGAAGGUGAGAUCACAAUCAGAAGAGAGGGAUAUAGCGAAAGAGGAAAGCGUGAGAGCGAAAGAAGAAUCGUCCGCUGAGAAACCUGACACGCAUGGAGAUGUAUCUGAUGUUUCUGAUUCAGUAGAUAGUUCAGCUGAUAUUCUUCAGCUUGAUUCGGAAGAUAGAGAGAGCAGCCCUGUUCAUUGGGAAAUAGAUGCUUCAGAGACUCAUCCUCCUCCUUCUUUAGGAGACACUAGUAGCAGAGGAAGAGACAGUUCCAUAUCCAUACCUAAUGGAGUGGCAGAGAGGAAGUGUAUCUCCACAAUGGAUGAUAGUUCCUCAACUUGCUCUAAUGAUUCGAUCCGAUCAGGAGGAGGCAGUGGGUCAUACAAAGGGAGUGUUUCAAACUACCGAAGCCAGAAAUGGCUUAGCAAAACACAACCAGGAAAAGUCUCUGAUGCCAACAGUUUAGCUAGUGAAACAGAGGAACAGCCUUCAAGGCAUGCAUCUGAACCUAAGAAUCAAAGACAUUCUUCUGAGAUAGGCAGAGUUGUUGAAGCUGACGUGGUUAUCUCCCACAUUCACAAACCACAGAGCCCUGAGGAGCGUAACCCUGUUAGCAAGGAUCACAGCACGGUUCGGACGCAAGUGAAAAGUCCUGUUGUACAUUCCUCGCCGAGAGCUGCUCACUGGAAUCAUCAUCCCUCAUCUGUAGCACAAGCAAAACCGGAGAAAAAGAUUGUUUCAAAUGUAGAUACUGCUGCAAACAGGAAAGCAAUAUCUUCUGCUAGAUCACCGUCAUCAGAUCAACAAGCGUCACCAUCUCGAGACAUUCAGUUUCAAACCAUGGCUCCUAGAGCCGAUGUACAGAAAACCAUUUCUCCAACAAAACGCAUGGCACAACCAGCACCACCGUCUAUCUUGUCAAGGCCGUUGAGUGCUCCUCUAAUCCCUCCAAAGCAAGCUGCACCUGUAGUAAUCUCUCCUGCUCAAGCCUCAACAACAUCCCUUGCUCGUUCAAUGAGCUCAACAGGCCGUGUGGGUUCGCCGAUACAUAGCCAAACUUACAUUCCUCAAUCCUAUAAACAUGCCAUAGUUGGUUCAUUUUCUUUCAGCAACUCAAGCUCUCAACCGACGGGAACAACAACCGCAUUUCCCUCUUAUUCACAUCCGCCUCCUCCUCCUGUCUCUUUAUCUAAUCAGCCUGGCUUCUCUUGGGAUGUUUCCUCUGGUGGACGUGGCUUGUGGACCGGUGGUUCGAAUUCAAACAGAGAAACACCAACAACUUCAACAACAAUCAACCAUAGGAUGAAUCUCCCUUACAACACACCCGUAAGUACCAGCUUCCUGCCUACCGAUGUUCAGUUUGGAAGAACAACGACACAAAGUCUAAUGACCGAUGAGUUCCCUCAUCUUGACAUCAUCAAUGAUCUGCUUGAAGACGAGCACGGUUCGAUGGACAAUAACAUGUACCGGGUACCACAACGGUUCAACAACAUUUACUCAUAUCACGGCGGUGCGGAUUUUGGGAUCUCUGGCCGGUCAAGGAGCUACAGUGACGAUGGGUUUCACCAGUCUUACGGUGAGUACAUGUCGCCUUCAUCUUCUUCUUCUUCGCCAUAUGGGAAUGGGUUGACACAGACGCAGUGGCGUAUGGCGAAUUUGGACUUGUCUUUACUCGCUAUGAGGAAUCAGGACGAUGCAGCACUAGCAGCAAGUAAUUACUCUUACUUUGACUUAGAUUCAUCAAACCAGAAUCUGUCAGCUGGAAUCAACGGCUACAGAGACUUCAGGCCAUCGAACGGUCACUGA